CAGCUUCCUCUCCAAGUAAACAGAACGAACCCAGACAGAGAAAAAAAAAUAAAUCGCGUCUCUCUCCCUUUCCCCAUAGACUCUUCGCCUACGAUUGCUCCGGCGGUCAGCUUGCUUCGUACGUCUCCCUCCUUCCGUCACCACUGCGACCGAGGUAACCACCUGCAUAGCCGUGUACCGGCGGUGAAAAAAGAGAUGGUACUCGUCUCUCUGGUUCGUGACUACAUCGGCCGAAUGCUGCAGGACAUCCCUGGAAUGAAGGUCCUCGUCCUCGAUUCCCAGACGGUCAGCAUUGUAAGUGUUGCCUAUAGCCAAUCAGAACUACUCAAAAAGGAGGUGUUUUUAGUGGAACUUGUUGAUUCAAUGUCAAAGGAAACAAUGGCCCACCUAAAAGCAGUUUACUUUCUUCGCCCGACAACCGAGAAUAUUCAGAAAUUACGACGUCAAUUGGUCAAACCCAGAUUUGGAGAAUAUCACUUGUUUUUCUCCAACAUUUUGAAAAUCACCCAAAUUCAAGUGCUCGCUGACUCUGAUGAGCAAGAAAUUGUCCACCAAGUUCAAGAGUUCUUUGCUGACUUUUGUGCCAUAGAUCCUUACCAUUUCACUUUUAACAUGCCAAUGAAUCACAUAUACAUGCUGCCAACUGUUGUGGAUCCUCCAACUUUUCAAAGUUUCUGUGAUCGAGCCGUGGAUGGUAUUGCUGGAGUUUUCUUAGCACUCAAGCGACGCCCUGUUAUACGGUAUCAGAGAACAUCUGAUAUCGCCAAGAGAAUAGCACAAGAAAGUGCAAAGCUUAUGUAUGAGCAAGAAACUAGUUUGUUUGAUUUCAGACGUACAGAAUUCUCCCCUUUGUUGCUUGUAAUUGAUAGGAGGGAUGAUCCUGUUACACCUCUGCUGAACCAAUGGACUUAUCAAGCAAUGGUUCAUGAGUUGAUUGGAAUUGAAGAUAAUAAAGUAGAUCUGACGAAUGUUGGUAAAGUUGCCAAUGAACAACAGGAGGUGGUGCUCUCAUCAGAACAAGAUAGCUUUUUUAAAGCUAACAUGUAUGAGAAUUUUGGAGAUCUCGGAAUGAAUAUUAAGACAAUGGUGGAUGAGUUCCAGCAGAUUGCAAAGAGUAAUCAGAAUAUUCAGACAAUAGAGGAUAUGUCAAAAUUUGUAAACAACUACCCUGAGUAUCGAAAAAUGCAGGGCAAUGUUUCAAAGCAUGUAACAUUGGUUACAGAAAUGAGUAGAAUUGUUCAAGAGCGAAAGCUCAUGAUUGUUUCACAAACGGAACAAGAGCUUGCAUGUAACAGUGGACAAGCAGCAGCAUUUGAGACUGUCACCAAUCUUCUGAAUAAUGAAGAUAUUUCUGAUAUUGAUCGUUUGCGACUAGUAAUGUUGUAUGCCUUGCGAUAUGAGAAAGAGAGUCCAGUUCAGUUGAUGCAGCUCUUUAACAAAUUAGCUUCUCACUCUGCAAAAUAUAAGCCUGGGCUUGUUCAAUUCCUCCUAAAGCAGGCAGGGGUUGAUAAGCGAAUUGGAGAUCUCUACGGGAAUCGUGAUCUGUUGAGCAUUGCUCGUAACAUGGCUCGUGGGAUUAAGGGUGUUGAGAAUGUGUACACACAACACCAGCCACUUCUGUUUCAAACUAUGGAAAACAUCAUCAAAGGACGACUGAAAGAUGUUGAUUAUCCAUUUAUCGGCAAUCACUUCCAGCAAGGGAGACCUCAAGAUGUAGUUAUUUUCAUUGUUGGAGGCACGACAUAUGAGGAGGCACGCGCUGUUGCCCUACACAAUGCUUCGAACCCUGGAACACGUUUCAUACUUGGAGGCUCGGUUGUCCUCAACUCCAAGAGGUUCCUAAGAGACCUGGAAGAGGCACAAACGAUAUCACGCACGAGUCAUGCUGUCUGAACUCGGUGUUGAAUACCGAAGGGCACGAGUAAAGUCUCUUAUUCAACGUGUACCAGAUAAGAGAUAGAAACAAUAGAAACACUCCUUAACUUAGCAUGUUAAAAGGCCAUCAAAUGGUUUUGGAAUACACCAGAACUCCCAUGGAGAUACAAAAUCUCUAAAAAAAAUUGCAUGGGCUCGACGAAUAGCUUGGAAUAUUUUUUUUUCCUUGUAUUUUUUUAGCCUUUCAAAAUUCAUUUAACAUUGAAUCAUCAUGGCAUAAAAUAUCGGCAGGCUUGUUUGUGCA